AUGUCCCCCGACCCGCAAGACCAGAGCCUUUCUGGCCGCCAAGCAGAUCGGAACCGCGAUUCAAUGAGCUCAAGUAACGAUCCAUCCGGCGCAGGUGCGGAUGGCGGUCAGGACAAACCGCGUUUGACUGAGCAGGAGAAGAAAAAUAAUCAUAUCGCGUCCGAGCAGAAACGCCGUGCAGCCAUUCGCGAGGGCUUCGAUCGUCUCACCGAACUCGUGCCUGGUCUAGAAGGACAGGGCCGCAGCGAGAGCGUGGUGCUGAAGAAAACCGUCGACUUUCUGCGCCUGAAACUGCAAGAAAGACAGGAAUUGCUGGCCGAAAUAGAAAGAUUGGGUGGUCAUGUGGACGAAUCGUACCACAGGAGAUGA